AGCGCGCGCAAGCUGAUGUGGAGGAGAAGCUGCUCCUUUCUCCUCCUCGCUGUGUGUGUCUUUAACGCACAGGAGCAGAGAUACGGCGAGGAGGAGCUCCGCCGCCACACGCUCGUGUGCGCAAACGGGAGAGGCUGUUAAACGCACUUGGAUUACCGGGCAGUUGACUGUCACCGCUCACAACGGCUGCAGAGUGGCGCGCUGCCCCGCGCUCUCCACCGCGCGCACCGCCGCCUAUUCAUUCAUGUCAUAAAAAAAAGAGAGACACCUGAGCGAAGCCGCGGCCACAGCAGCAUUUCAUAUCUUUUUUUUUUUAAUUGAGGCUGGAUAAGAAAAAAAAAAAGUUUUCUUUAUUUUAUUAUCAUUAUUUCAUUUGUACCUGACACUGCGUUGAAUCGGCUUGGAGCGCAGACGCAUCCAGUCAUUCUUUCGAGGGAAGACACCACUCACCGGGCUUCUGUGUCUUUAUGUGCAGUUUCUAAGUACGAUUUGCCUGUGAGAGGACGAUUAUGAGGUGUGUGGGCUCCCUGUGGACCCUCUGGGUUCUCCUUGUGCACAGGGCUGCGACAGACACUGAGCAAAUCUCAGAGCCAUCACUCAGGCCUGGACAGCAAAUGACAGAGGGACCGAGUCCCGCGUUGAGCCAGAGUCAAUACCGGUGUCUUGAGCUGUCCAACAAAGACCAGCAAGACAACAGAACUGGCUCAUUCUGUGGACGUUUAUGGGACGGUUUACUUUGCUGGGGCGAGACACCAGCCGGGACAUCUGUAACACAACACUGUCCAGAUCAUCCCGACCUGGACACAACUGAAAAAGUGACCAAAUAUUGCGACAAAAUGGGUAACUGGGUUGAGAUUGGCUCCGCCUGUCAGCUCGCGUCAAAGGACAAAUUAGAGCAAGAGAAACAUUUUUUAAGGGACUCUGCAGGAGAGAUGACGACAGACGCCACUGACGUGGACAUCGGCGGCGUACAAAAACUGAUCCUUGAAAAUGAAAAGAAAUGCUCGGAGAAAAUGAAGAAAGAUCCAAAAUAUGACAAACCGGGUGUGUACUGCAGUCGUAACUGGGACGGCUGGCUGUGUUGGAACGACACGCCAGCAGGAUCACACGCGUCCCAAAACUGCCCCAGUUAUUUUGCCGACAUGGAGGCCACAGAGAAGGUAACCAAGUAUUGUGGAGAGGACGGGCAAUGGGUUCACCAACCAAAGAGCGAAAGGAUUUGGACCAACUCUACACUCUGUUCAACCACCUAUGAGAAGAGACAGAGGAAAGUGAAGAUGCUCGAGAAUGAAUACAACUGUCUUUUGAAAAUAAAUCGCGUGCCACCUUUGAACAAAUCAGGCGUGUACUGCAGUCGGAACUGGGAUGGCUGGCUGUGCUGGGACGACACCCCUGCAGGAACCUACGCUUCCCAAAACUGCCCCAGGUAUUUUUCCAACUUGGACCCCACAGAAAAGGCAACCAAGUACUGUGGAGAGGACGGGCAAUGGUAUCGCCAUCCAGAGAGCAACAAGACCUGGACUAACUACACACUGUGUGCUGUCAGCAUUAAACUAAAGGCAGCUGCCCAGCUCUCUGGAGACAUCGAGGUUCAACCCGCCGACGAGGCCACGGUCAGUCCGGCGGUUCACCGCAAGGAGCAAGAGAUCGAGCGGAAGAAAAUCCUCGACAGCCAGUACAAGUGCUUUGAGAAGAUGAAUCGAGAUGCAGCUUAUAAUAAAUCAGGGUUGUACUGCAGUCGUAACUGGGAUGGCUGGUUGUGCUGGGACGAUACUCCAGCAGGGACAUACACGUCUCAAAACUGCCCCAAUUAUUUCAUGGACUUUGACCCAACAGAAAAGGCCACUAAGUACUGUUGGGAGGACGGGCAGUGGUUUCGCCACCCGGACACAAACAGGACUUGGUCCAACUACACACUCUGCAAUGAAAACACCAACGCAAAAUUAAAGUCAGCUUACAUCCUGUUUUACAUGGCAAUUGUUGGACACGCUUUGUCCAUAGCAUCCCUGCUCAUCUCUCUGGCCAUCUUCUUCUACUUCAGGAGUCUGAGCUGCCAAAGGAUCACGCUCCAUAAGAACCUCUUCUGCUCCUAUGUGCUCAAUUCCGCCCUCACCAUCAUAAACCUGGGAGGAGUGGUCAGCAAUCCUGAUGUGGUGGUCAGAAACCCGGUUGGCUGUAAGGUGCUCCACUUCUUCCACAUGUACAUGCUGGGCUGCAAUUAUUUCUGGAUGCUCUGUGAAGGCAUCUACCUGCACACGCUCAUCGUGGUAGCCGUGUUUGCAGAGGAGCAGCAUCUCCACUGGUACUACCUCCUGGGCUGGGGCUUUCCACUAGUCCCCGCGUCCAUCCACGCCGUGGCAAGGAAAAAGUAUUUCGACGACAACUGUUGGAUGAGUGUGGACACCCAUCUGCUCUACGCAGUUCAUGGUCCUAUCAUGGCAGCACUUCUCGUGAAUCUCUUCUUCUUACUGAACAUCAUAAGAGUGCUGGUGACCAAACUGAGAGACACACACCGCGCCGAGUCCAACAUGUACAUGAAGGCGGUGAGAGCCACGCUGAUCCUCGUGCCUCUGCUGGGAAUACAGUUUGUCAUCAUUCCCUGGAGGCCCGAGAACCGGCUGGCUGGGGAGGUCUACGAGUAUAUCAUGCACAUACUCAUGCAUUACCAGGGUUUACUGGUGGCGACAAUAUUCUGCUUCUUCAACGGAGAGGUGCAGGCAGCUCUAAAGAGACAGUGGAUGCAGUAUAAGAUGCAGUGGGGUCAGAGACGGAAGGACCACUGUUCAAUGCGCUCCACGUCCUACACGGCCACCUCCAUCACAGAGGUGCCCGCCUUCAUGUACCACCACGACUGCAACAGCGAACAAUUUAACGGGCGCCACAUGGAGGGCUCUGAAAUCGUGGCGCUAAAAUCAGGAGAGACGUACGCUUGAGUCACGAGCGUGAGAACAGCCACAGAGAUGUACAGCGCGGACUGUGGUGAUGAUGAGGAUGGUGAUGAUGAUGACACAGGUCUGGAAAUAAAGAGCUCAGAGACAGAUUUGCUGUGAAUCUGACACUUAAUUAUACUUUACAUCGGCAUUGUAGCUGCUUUAUCAAGAACUCUGGUGUCUCUCAACUCGAGACACGGGACCAACGGCUGCUUUUUGACACGUGUCACUUCCUUAAGAAGCUGCUAUACUGUGACGUGCUCACAGGCUUGUGCUGCUUUGGAGACAGAGAAGACGUCAGUGGGUGUGGCUUGGAGUCGGUGCUGCUAAUUGCGACAGUGACUGAUUUAAAAAAGAUGAUUGAGGCUGAAGUAGAAUCCUUUCGGAACCUCACCAACACCAUAGGGCACCGUGUUGUUGUUGUGGCAACUAUGUGUCCAGAUGAGGACAGAUGUGGGACCCUGACGCAAAAAGACACACACGCACGCAUGCACCGGAUCAUGUGAUGUGCCAUGAUAGCAGUCAAACUUUCAGAAGACCCUCUCUGCUCUGAAUUGUGUACAUAAUGUAUGUUUCGUCAUGUUUUAUUUUAUUUUUUGGGAUGUUUCAAAAAGGUUCUAUUUUUUUUUUUCUAUUAAGAUUUUAUUCUCGCUGUGUUUGUUCUGUGACGCCGCGCUCCACAACUGCUUUGUCGUUUUUUGCAGUUGCUGUAUUUGUGCCAAUGCUGGACAUCGCGGAGCCGAGGAGCGAAACAAAAAAAACUAAAAGCUAUGAACACACAAAGAAAACAAAAAGAACAGAAGGCUAAAGAUGAACUGAACCGCUCGCAUUCAUCUCUAAGAUCGUGUCAUUGUAGUUUUGUCGUCAUUAUGGGCGUCGAAAGUUAAGAAUUGCACAUUGAAAUGUUCAUUUAAACCCGGGACCACAGUGAAUCUCUGUGUCCGUAACAAAACCACCCGUUUUGCUCCAACUGUAAUAAAAGAUGUCGUGCAUUUAUCCAUCAAAUUUACUCAGAAGCCCGGCGAGCCCACAUAUUCAAUAACAGACGUUUACGUUCACCGGGGGGAAAAUCAUUUAUUAUCCUCGCGAGGAGCCAAUAGCAAAAAGCUUAGACUUGAAAUAUUUGUUUUGAACUCCUCAACUGAAAAUGUGCAAAAUGUGCAUUCCCUUACGUGCAAAAAGUUUAAAGUUACAACUAAAUCUUCGUAAAAAAGGGGAACACGUUCAAAGAAAAAGGUACUUUAUAUCUUACUGUCAACAUGUGAAAAUCAAAGAUAUUAAUGCUUUACAUGGAUUUUCUGACUUCCCUGUUGUAGCCGAGCGCUUGAGUUGUUGGAAAUGUUCAUUAAAUUGCAUCAGGUGAUGCGUUUGGGACUAUUAUCAGCCAUCGUUGUGCUGGAUCGACAUUUACAGUAGCACAUUUGAUGUGCAAAGGGCACCCAUUAAAAGAGAUUAAUUCCUUUUUUGGAUGUUCAUGGGACGCAAAGACAGAUUAGAUAUUUUGCUUUGAAAGCAUAAUUUGGCUUUCUGAAAUGACAUUUCUAUCCUCAACCAGCAUUAUAUUAUUCACUAGUAUUUUUUCUGUGUUGCUGCGUGAUUGUGUGUCGAAGGAUGAUCACAUUUCAAAGUUUACGUGUCUUUGUCGAGUGCGAUAACUGACACAAAUCUGUGUGAGAAACUGAUAACGGAUUAUAUUUAAUUACAGCUCAGAUGGGAUUUAAAGUUUCAGCGUACGAGUACACCGGGGCUCUGACGUUUGCGGUGCAAUUCAUUUGCAAUUCAUUCACUUUGCGGUCCUCUUUACUCCCUCUUUAUUAAUAAUAACAAUAAUAAUAAUAAUAAUAAUAAUAAUAAAAACGCAACACAAAACACUUUAACAUAACUUUUACAGACGUUCGCCAAAAGGAGAGUGACAAUCAACGCGAGUGAAUGACAUCAUCGUCCUAUGAUGAUAUAGGUUUUUAGUGCUUUACGAAAAAAUCCUUUACGUGAAAUAUUAAAGUAUAUUAUUUAUUUUGCUAUAAGACUCAUCUUCCUCCUCAUCUUUAAAGUGUAUAUUUUGCCUUGGAUGUGAUGCACAAGAAAUAUUAGCAAUCCUUUUUCAUGUGGGGGAAGACAGAUUAUACUAUGUAUAUUUUGUAUGUUACUGUCCAUGUAAAUACAAGCAGAUACUAUGUGUGUGUGUGUGUGUGUGUAUAGAUUUUUGCACUGUGAAACACACUGACAGCUAUUUUUUUUUUUUCAUUUUUCAGUCAUUUUUGGGCUCAUGUUUGUCUCCUCCUCCUCAGCUUGGACUGGCCACAUUUUAAAGCUGAUAAAACAGUGUUUUUGUAAAAAAAAACUAAACAAAAAAACAACAAGAUA